UUCCUUAUAAAAAGGCACACUCAGACAUAAACCCUUUGUGAUAAACACUAGCACUAGCAACUCCACUAUCAUGCCAUUAUCAAAAGCCACAUAGAAAGUUUGGCCUCACCAAAAGCCUUUUCCUUCAAUUCACCAAAUUCACAACCAAAAUCUUCUGUUCAUUAGUUUUCUGAUUCCGGCAAGCAAUUAGGCAUCCGACCGGUGAUUCGAGAGAUGUGGAGUAUGCUAGCAACAAUGAGGCAAAAUCUCCACAACAUAAGGAAAAGCCCUAGAGUAGCAGAUGAGAGCAUGGUAAAUGUUGGGGCAGGGAACCCAGCACCAGCAGAAUUGCCAAUUUUUCCAGCACAUCAUGAUCAUCAUCACGUGGAUAGAAGAUCGUUGCCGCGUAUACGUUGGAUUAAGGGGUUUAAUUCGCUGUUGUACAGCGUUGUACUCGUGCCAUUUUCUGUGAUUUCUUGCUUUUCUCAACCUCAUCAUGUUCAUGGUGCUGAUGGGGUGUGGGCAUCUGGUGAGUUUUCCCAGAUCACGGAGAUGAAUCAACUAAUGGUAAGUGAUAGCAUGCGCUAUGCCAUCUUGAUGUGAAAAAAAAAUAGUGAACGUAACGAUUGUAGUUGAUCAUCUUGUUUUUGUAGAAGUACUACUUGCAUGGAUUGGCAAAAGGUCUUACUUAUAGAUGGCCAUCCAUAUAAAAAUGUUUCCCGUAGUUUUAUCAAUGAUAUGUUGGUGAGGUACUACAUCUACAUAUAUACAUACAUGCCUAUGUAUAUAUACAAUAAUAUAAUUCAGCUUUAAUUUUGUUUUAUGAAUAAUAUGGGAUGGUGUGGCUGCUUAAUUUUAUUCUCCCAGUACUCUAUUUAGUCGUGUAUGUCAAGGAGCAAAAUCAAUUAUAUUAUGAUAUGUUUAGGAUAAUUCAUAUUCCUUUUUUUACUUCACACAUACUUUUGUUGAUUUUUUGUCAUUUAUCUUCUUCAAUUCAUUCAAUGUGACGGUUAAAAAUUGAGAAGUAUGUGAGAAAUAAAAUUGAGAGUGUGGAUAACGCUAUCCUAUUUACAGUUCUCUCCAAUUUUGGUGAAAGAAUCAUUAUGUCCCACUGAGAGCUUUUUUAGUCGUUGCGUGAGUGAUCUCCAUUCUGAUAACUUCUAUGCCGCUGCCGACCUUAGCUAUGGCUAGUGGUAGCUCUCUGCUCCUCUUCCUUUCUGUUUCAGCUUGUGUUUUCCCUCUCUCUCUUGAUCUCCCGUCGUACACUCCUCUUGCCUUCAAUCUCACUGUCCUUAGCCCCAAACUCCGUCCUCCACUUCCCUCCACUCCCUGAUGCCCGUCCACCUCCAUGUUUCUCAUCAAUCUGAUUCAUACUCUUCCCACUUGGCUUCGUCCCUCCGUGGUCUACAACAUCAAUCUUGUUUGCCUUUUGGUAUUGUAGCUUGCGAACCGUGAAUUUUCACAAGCUCUCUUUGAUUUGUGGCUGCAAUCUUUGUGGUGAUGAUCGGUAGAGAAUGAUCGAGCCUUAUUUUCUUUCAUUUGCUUUACUUCUGGGGUGUCGUUUGGUUGGAUCUCAGGCUAGUUUAUGUUGGUGGAUCUGUGAUGCUAUGGCAACGGCGGGGGUUGCAAGCGGUUGUGUUUUGCAUUUUUAUUUUGUUUUCUUUCUGUUUUGGGCUCUGUUUUGUUUAGUUUUGGGGUCUAUUUCUGUGUUGUGCUUAUCUUGUAAUUGAGCCUCUGCUUGUUUACAUUUAUUUUGUUUGUAAUAAUAUUUACCUUCGACAAAAUAAAAGUACUUAUAUCAUUGUUAAAAC